AUGCAAGAGAAAGGACAUAACAUAAAUGGUUUUAAAUGUUCAACAAAAUUUCAAUUUUUGAAACGUACAUACAAAAGUAUUAUGGAUCACAACAAAAAAAGUGGUAAUAAUAGGAAAGAUUGGGAAUUUUUACAGAUAAUGCAAGAGUUAUUUGGUGAGAAACCCUGGGUGCAACCUUUAGCUAUAACAGGAUUGCACUUAGAUGAAGAACAAAAUGAAAACAAUUUACCAGCAAAAGAAAAUAUUCAAGAAGAAGUUACUAAAAAGACAAAACUAAAUACUGUAAUAAGUGAUUACAUAUCAUAUAGCAAGGAAGAACGAGCUAAACGAAGAGAAAGUCGAGCAAAACAGCAUGAAGAAAAACUGCUCGCCUUUAAAAGAUUGGAAAAUUUAUUAGAGAGGCUGAUAGAAAAAGAAAAUAAGUCAGGAAUUUAG